ACAUCGAGCUGCUCCACGAGGACUUUGCCAACGUUGAGCCCGCUUGCGCCAAGCUGCAGAAAGUGAAAGUGGUCCUGCUCCUGCCUCGCUGUUCCGGCCUGGGGGUCAGCAAUCCCAUCGAAUUUAUUUUGGAGGAGCACGAAGAUGCAGAGUUACUCAGAGACCUCUCUCAAGGGUCGGUCGCUGAAGACAAACUAAGCACCCUUGCUCAACAGCAGCUGAAAGAGCUGACCCACGCGAUGCAGUUUGCUAAAGUACAAGCUCUGGUCUACUGCACCUGCUCGGUGUACCCGGAGGAAAACGAAGCAGUGGUGAACAAAGCCUUGGCAUCUGGAGCGGAAGGAGCGAAGGCCCAGCCGUACAAGCUUUGCCCGCCAGUUCUUCCUUUGUGUUCUAAAUUGGAAGUCAACACCUCUGAACAGAACUUCUUUCAUCUGGAGCCCUCCGAUAUUUCAAACAGCUGCUUUAUUGCCGUCUUAAGCCGAGAGCGAGAUCCAUCCGAAUCCGUGUCGGUGAAAGACGUUUUGGCCCGCGCCGCAGCCAAAGGCCUGCUGGACGGGAUCGAUCUGGCAAAGCCGUCCAAGAGAGAAGAGAAGAAGAAGAAGAAGCACAGGGCCGCCCAGUCCAAGAAUCCGAUCAAAGAGGCCGUCAUGCAGUCUCGGAUUCAGGAGUUCCUGGAACGAGAGAUGAAAUCUGGAACGACGGAGACCGGCUCUGCCGUGCCGAGCGUGGCUGCCAGUAACUCGCAGCUGAUGGGCCAAACCAACGAGCCCGUCGCCUUGAAGAAAGCCAAUAACCCUCUUUCCAAUUCAUCUCUGCCCGCGAUGGCGAAGAAUAACCUCACCUCCGCCACCUCCACCCUGCAAAGAGUGUUGGAGAAACAGCGCAACGCCGCCAAGUCCAAGAACGACGAUCGCGUCAUGAUUUUGAAGCCG